AAAUUUACAUAGCCAAACAUAUUUGGUUAAAUUAACAAAACAUUUUUUUGCAGUGAAGUACACUGACAUUAAAACUUAUAUGAAGCAAUGUAUACCUGAUUGACAAGAGCCAGAAAGAGGAAAUCAAGGCUUACAUUGAUUGUCUUUAUUGCAAUUUUCAAGGAAUAUCAGUUGUUUUUGACGAUGAUUCUUACUUCACAAUUCUUACUUAAACCCAUGCUGCUCAUUAAGCUGCUUCUGACAAAGUAUGAAAAUUCGUUCACUGCUAAGCGCCUGCAAAACUACGAAAUACCUCGAAAUCAUAAAAAGCAUCCAGAUGCGCGACAAGGAUCUACGAAGUUCAUUAGUGAUGAAAAUGGGCAUCUCUUACCUGGAGUGAAACGUUCUAAAGAUUUUCCCUGGGGAAAUUUUAAAGGCACAUGGGAUAGUAGUAUGGAUUGUCGAAAAACAAAUCAUUCUAAAAAUCUUAUCAAAGCAAAGAUACCUAGUGUAUUAAAAACUAAAGAAAGAACAGAAAAAUCUGAUUCAAUACGUGACGAUCGUGAAACUUGUACAUCCUAAUAAAUCUUUAAUUUUUAUAAAUAUCGGUUACUUUUAAA